UUAUCCUUAAAUUUCCGGCUAAAUCGCUUUCGGUCAUUUUAAUCCACCAAUAGACCACGUUGGCCUCCUUGUAUUCCUUUCCGACAUCAUACAAACAGUCACGUCGAUGGAGAAAAAGCUCGGGAUGAUCCCCGACCUGCCCCGGUUUUUUCUUUUUUGCUUCAGUAGACUAGACAGCAAUAUAUACCGCUUGCUGACAGUUAGAAUGCUAAACCUAAGAGACCAGGCGAGACUCACGCGGCGUAUACUAAUACGAUCGAGGUUCAUUAGCGGCACUACACAGAAUGUCAGUACAAGCGAACGGAAAGACCUCCAUCCAGGCCUUUAGCCAAUCUCCCUUUCGCAACCGGGGUGACCUUCAAGAUGCAUGUCGGGCACUCCUUGACCCCCUCAUCCCUCGCUUCACACCGGGAUGCAGUCGGGUGAAAAUAGGAUCAUCGACGACUCGUUUCGAUGAAGGUGCUGCCCAGCUUGAGGGCUUCGCGCGUCCCCUAUGGGCCCUAGCUGCUUUAUUAGGAGGCGGAUGUCAAUACCCAGAGGCGGCGCGUUGGCGCGAGGGUUUCAUCAACGGGACCGACCCUCAUAGUCCGGAGUACUGGGGAGAUAUAGACAAUCUCGAUCAGCGCAUGGUCGAAAUGUGUCCCAUUGGGUUUGCAUUGGCGGUCGCACCGCAUGUAUUCUGGGAUCCGUUGACGUUCCAACAAAAGCACAAUAUUGCGAAUUGGUUGGCUAGCAUUAAUGAGCGCGAGAUGCCAAAUACGAACUGGCUGUGGUUCCGGGCCUUCGCCAACUUGGGUCUAAGGAGAAACGGCGCACCUUAUUCCCUCCCCCGUAUCGAAGCUGAUAUGGACCACUUGGACACCUUUCAUGUUGGUGGAGGAUGGAGCAACGACGGCCCGAAGAGUCACCAUCAGAUGGAUUACUACUCGGGCUCAUUUGCCAUUCAAUUCCUGCAGUUACUUUAUUCGAGAUUGGCGGCCGAUUUCGACCCGAAACGGGCAGAACGGUAUCGGGAAAGAGCUAGACAAUUUGCGCUGGAUUUUGUGUAUUACUUUGAUGUAGAUGGAGCCGCCAUCCCCUUCGGAAGAUCCAUGACAUAUCGGUUUGCCAUGGCUGGGUUCUGGGGAGCGCUUGCUUUGGCCGACGUGGCGCUCCCUCCUCCACUAACCUGGGGUGUUGUUAAGGGCCUCCUUUUGAGACAUUUUCGCUGGUGGGCAACCCAAGAGGACAUGUUCAGCAAUGACGGAACACUCAACCUCGGAUAUGCCUACGCAAACAUGUACCUAACGGAGAACUACAACUCCCCCGGCUCACCCUACUGGUGCUGCCUUUCCUUUGUUCCCUUGGUACUAUCCGAACUACAUCCAUUCUGGACAGCCGAGGAGGAACCAUACCCAAGCGCCUCCCUUUCGCCCGUGGCAGCCCUCGAGUAUCCCAAGCACAUUGUAAUCCACCGCGGCGGGCAUUCAUUUCUGCUCUCCUCCGGACAAGCCUGCCACUAUCCCUUAAAAGCAACACAGGCCAAAUACGGCAAAUUUGCCUACAGCGCAUCGUUCGGGUACUCAGUACCCACAGGCUCCUACCAACUAGAGCAGCACGCCCCAGACAGCAUGCUCGCACUGUCAGAUGACGGAGGCGAUAUCUGGCAAACGCGAAGGCUGGCACUAAACCCCCGCAUCGAAUGGCACGAUGACGUCCCCGUCCUAGCUUCCACCUGGAAACCCUGGUCAGACGUCGAGGUGGACACAUUCCUGCUCCCCCCGGCCGAAGAAACCGAGAACUGGCAUAUCCGGGCACACCGCGUGCGUACGGGUCGGGCCAUCAUGACGUCUGAAGGCGCUUUCGCCAUUUAUGGUUGUCGGAGUGACAACGGCCGGAUUCUGGGACCUUUAACGGACCGCUCAUCUGAGGGGACCUUACAGGGAUCUCGAAAGGCACUAGCGGUUUCCUCUGUAGGGGCUGUGGGCAUUGUAGAGUUGCUGUCCGGUGUUAGUAGAGCUGGUAGGGUGGUUCUUGCAGAUCCUAAUUCGAAUAUCAUGUAUGGCCGCACCUUGCUUCCUUCUCUGGGAGCUGAUCUGGCUGCUGGAUCUGAGCAUUGGUUCGUGACUGCUGUCUUCGCUUUACCGGCACAUGUGAACGGGGAUGAAUGGCAGAAGAAGUGGGAACAAGCACCGGUUAUACCGGAGUGGUUGAAGCGGGUUAUGGAGAGCGAGAGUCAGUGAAAUCAAUAGUAUUAGAGUAAACAUGUAGUGAUAGAUAUGUAGUCGAUAUUUCUGCUCUCUCAAAGCUUGGCUGCUGUAACUGUCUUUUGUUGCUUUGUCCGCGUUAAACGCU